AUUCUGCCCCUGAAGAGGCAGUUAACCCACUCUUCCAAGGACGUCAUUGAAAAUAAGAAUUUGUUCUUAACUGACUUGCCUAGUUAAAUAAAGUUUAAAAAAAAUACAUGUGAAAAAAAAUAAAGUAGUUUUGAAAGGUAAUGACUGGUAUAAUACAUAUGGUGGAAACUAGCCCAUGCCUCCACCAACCCAAUACUAUUAGAUUAGUAGGAAGUUGUGAACGAUUGAACAUUUAAGCAAAAAGGUGAUAUUCUAGGGAUGCACCCAAAUUAGAGGUGUGGACUAAAUUAAUAAAAUAUUUGGUUUAAUGAUACUGUUUAAUAUUUAUUGUGGCCAACAGGACAAAGCUAUUCCCUUCCCCUCCACCUUCCCGGAGUCCCCAGGUCAAACGUCUCCCAGGACCGCUUUACUGCUGGGUCUGGUUGACUGCAGGAAAACACCGGGGCAGAGAGGAGAAGAAGAGAAGGAAGAUGGAGAUGUGAUUUCAUUAAGUAAGAACCAUGGGGACAGCCCUAACCGUUGCUCUCUCAGUGGGAGGGGCUUAUCAUCUGCGGAGCCUCGACAACGUGAUGAUGCUGACAAGACUGAGAAGAGUCUCUCCAGACCAGAACACCUCAAGAAACACCAUCAGAGACUUACAGGGAAGAAACCUCACCACUGCUGCUUUGACUGUGGAAAGAGUUCUGCUAAACAGAGGGAAUUGGACAUUUACAAGCAGAUUCACACUGGGAGGAAAAUGUACCGCUGCUCUCAGUGUGGGAAGAGUUUUGCUGCAUCUAAAACCUUACAAUCUCAGAGAAUUCAUACAGGGGAGAGGCCUUACCCCUGCUUUGAUUGUGGGAAGAGCUUCAGUCAAUCAAGGGCCCUGACAACACACCAACGCAUACACACAGGAGAGAAGCCUUACAGCUGUGAUCAGUGUGGGAAGAGCUUCAGGAACUCAGGACACCUGACUAGACAUAAACGCAUACACACAGGAGAGAAGCCUUACAGCUGUGAUCAGUGUGGGAAGAGCUUCCGGAAGUCAGGACACCUGACUAGACACCAACGCAUACACACAAGAGAGAAGCCUUACAGCUGUGAUUGGUGUGGAAAGAGCUUCAAUCAAUCAGGAGAUCUGGCAACACACCAACGCAUACACACAGGAGAGAAGCCUUAUAGCUGUGAUCAGUGUGGGAAGAGCUUCAAGAACUCAGGACACCUGACUAGUCACAAACGCAUACACACAGGAGAGAAGCCUUACAGCUGUGAAGAGUGUGGGAAGAGCUUUGCACUGUCCGGAACUCUGACUACACACAAACGCAUACACAAAGGAGAGAAGCCUUAUAGCUGUGAUCAGUGUGGGAAGAGCUUCAAUCAUUCAGGAUCCCUGAUUACACAUCAAUACAUACACACAGGAGAGAAGCCUUAUAGCUGUGAUCAGUGUGGGAAGAGCUUCAAUCAUUCAGGAAAUCUGACUUCACACCAACGCAUACAUACAGGAGAGAAGCCUUAUAUCUGUAUUCAGUGUGGGAAGAGCUUCAGGAAGUCAGGACACCUGACUGAACACCAGUGCAAACACACAGGAGAGAAGCCUUAUAGCUGUGAUCAGUGUGGGAAGAGCUUCAAUCAAUUAGGAGACCUGACUAAACACCAACGCAUACACACAGGAGAGAAGCCUCAUAGCUGUGAUCAGUGUGGGAAGAGCUUCAAUCAUUCAGGAUCCCUGGUUACACACCAACGCAUACACACAGGAGAGAAGCCUUAUAGCUGUGAUCAAUGUGGGAAGAGCUUCAAUCAAUCAGGAGACCUGACUCUACACCAACGCAUACACACAGGAGAGAAGCCUUAUAGCUGUUAUCAUUGUGGGAAGAGCUUCAGGAACUCAGGACAACUGACUGCACACCAGCGCACACACACAGGUGAGAAGCCUUAUAGCUGUGAUCAGUGUGGGAAGAGCUUCAGUCAAUCAGGAGUCCUGACUAAACACCAACGCAUACACACAGGAGUGAAGCCUUAUAGCUGUGAUCAGUGUGGGAAGAGCUUCAAUCAAUCAGGAUACCUAACUAUACACCAACGAAUACACACAGGAGAGAAGCCUUAUAGCUGUCAUCAGUGUGGGAAGGGUUUUGCUCAAGCUUCCACCCUGACUGCACACCAACGUAUACACACAGGAGAGAAGCCUUAUAGCUGUGAUCAGUGUGGGAAGAGCUUCAAUCAAUCAGGAUCCCUAACUAAACACCAACGAAUACACACAGGAGAGAAGCCUUAUAGCUGUGAUCAGUGUGGGAAGAGUUUUGCUCAAGAUUUCGCCCUGACUAUACACCAGCUCUCACACACAGGAGAGAAACCUUAUUCCUGUCUAUGUGGAAAGAGCUUUGCUCAUUCAGGGUCACUGAAAAAACACCAGAAAUCACAAACAUGUUUUCUUUCAUCUCCCUCCUCUCCGGCACCGGUUCCAGAUCCCUAAAAGCUUCAAUAGAAAACAUCUUGUAAAGAGUCAUCCAUUUCCCAUUCUCUAACUAAGUCUGGUUACCAUGGUAACCUGUGUAUCAUAAUAUGCAGCUCUGGAUCCAUAUGUAUCAAGCGUCUUGGAGUAGGAGUCCUGUGUGUGGGGGGGUUUUCAGAGCUGUAUCUUUUUUCAUCAACUCCUGUUAUCCAUUAAAGAACUGUAUAAUGUAGAAUAAUGUUUCAACAAUACUCUGUGUGUAUUCAUGUUUUCAAUAGAUUAAUAAUUAAAUCCAUUAUCUGAUCAACGUCUGCUUAUCACAUUACAGACUUUUAAAAUCUAUAAUAAUUCAUUUUUUAUAAGGAGCAUAGGCCUCUUGUAUAAUUUUUGUUGGUCCUAAAGAUGUUAACAUUUCUUUUUAAAACCCUUCAUCAGGUUUUACUGUCGCUUAUGAGACAUAAGGAAGUGUGGUCAAAAAUACUAUUAGUGUGGUCAAAUGAUGUUGUUGCAUUUGUUUUCAAUUAUUUUAAUGGGUAUGUCUUUCAACUUUCCUUAUUGUACAGUACCAGUCAAAAGUUUGUCCACAUUUAAUCAUUACAGGGUUUUUCUUUAUUUGACUGUUUUCUACA